AUGAACAGACCAACAGUUUAUUUGAAGAAACUAUUCAUAUCUAUCUAUUAUCUAUCCAGUCCGUAUCUAUCAUCUAUCUAUCUAUCUCAGUCCUCCGUCCAAUCAGAAAGAUCAGUCUGUCCAUUAAUCUAUCUAUCUAUCUCAGUCCGUCCAUAUCUAUCUAUCUAUUCAUUCAUCCAUCUCAGUCCGUCCAUUAUCUAUCUAUCUAUCUAUCUCAGUCCGUCCAUUAUUAUCUAUCUAUCUAUCUAUCUCAGUCCGUCCAUUAUCUAUCUAUCUAUCUAUCAUCUCAUCCGUCCAUUAUCUAUCUAUCGUCCAUUAUCCGUCCAUUAUCUAUAUCUAUCCAUCUAUCUCAGUCUGUCCAUUAUCUAUCUAUCUAUCUAUCUCAGUCCGUCCAUUAUCUAUCUAUCUAUCUAUCUCAGUCCGUCCAUUAUCUAUCUAUCUAUCUAUCUAUCUCAGUCCGUCCAUUAUCUAUCUAUCUAUCUAUCUCAGUCUGUCCAUUAUCUAUCUAUCUAUCUAUCUAUCUAUCUCAGUCUGUCCAUUAUCUAUCUAUCUAUCUAUCUCAGUCUGUCCAUUAUCUAUCUAUCUAUCUAUCUCAGUCUGUCCAUUAUCUAUCUAUCUAUCUAUCUAUCUGCCUGUCAGUCUGUAUGCAUGCAUGCAUGA